UCGGCAGAAGGUUAACGCAGGCUAUAUAAUAGUCGCGGUGCAGGCGCGGGCGCACUCAGUACGACGCGCGUUGUGACCGUGACUUUUGUUUUCAAAACACAAUGCGCUGCUUAAUUCUCCUCGCCAUCGCGGCUACAGCGCACGCGCACCCCGCGCUGAUCUUUACCCAGGCGCUUCAGCCAAUCGGAGUCGAGUACGCGGAGAACGCCGGUCCACUGGUUCGCCCGCAUCCCGCCGUCGAACGAAACGCCGCCCGGGACGCUCAGCUGCCGCGUGAACUUCUCAAGUCUCGAGACUUCUAUGACAACCCAGCGGUUGCUGAAGCUCUGGCGAGAGAGUCGUGGUUCACCAACAAGGAGAUGCAGGUCGUUGAGAGGGAGGCUGAAAAGAUCCCCAGGGAGAGGAUCUAUAAAAUUGUGAAGAGCGCUGGCUUCUUAGAUCAGUAAAAUUUAUUUAUGAUCGUAAUUACAUCGCUCGGGAUGUUUGCGAUGUUAAUUAAGUAGGUACUUUACACAAGGUUUGAACUAUUGAUCCCGACUCAAACGUCGACUAAAUGAGUUAUUGAAGGUAUCAACGUGCCAUCAUGUUAAAAGUCUUAUUGUGUAGGUAAUUAUUUAAAAUGUUUGCUUUUUAGAAUGAUUUUUACUAUUUAUUGUUUUAUGCAUAGUAUACCUAUGGGAUUAACAGUUAAAAGAGUCAAUACAUUUAGUUAUACAUACCUACUGUAAUGUGUGAAUGUCUUUGUUUUUUGUAAAUAUAUAGUACUUUACUUAAUAAUAGUAAACAUUAUAACAAUAUUGUAUAUAAAUAUAAUUAUAAGACAUAGAGUCAAUAUUGUACAACAGUCAUACCAGUACUUGAGUAGCACCUACCUACAAAAACUUGUUUACAUGCACGCAUAUAAUUUAAAUGUUUAUGUAACUAAUAAUAAUUUAGGAGUGUGAAGGUAAACAUGCCCUUAUCUUAUUUGUUUGUUAGUUUCAUCGUUGUAUAUAUUUACAUAUUUAAUGCGGUUUUGAUUUAAGUAGGUAUAUUGAUGGAUUAUUAGGUAGUAGGUAUAUAAUUUAACUGCGUAUUAUGCACAUAUGCAGGUAUUGUGUAGAAGGGUUGGAUUAUAUUUUUGUAUGACUUAUAUACAUACAUCGAAAACAAGUUACUGUUUUUCAUAUGUCACGAGAGUAGGUACUAUUCUGGUUGUUGUUGGGUUGUAUGAAGGGCGGCUAGUGCUAGUACCUACCUGUUGCCAUACAAAAAUACAAUUCUUUUUAAAAAUUGUAGAUUAAAAUGAAGUAAAGCUGUGAUCUCGAGCAAUUAAGUACGUAAACGUAAGUUAUUGCUCUUAAAUAAAAAUAAAACAAAGUGUUUGAUAAA